AUGGAGGACGACGGUUCGUCGUGCAUGAAAAACAACCCACCAUCUUACGGGAAACUCGUAACCAUCCUUAGCCUCGACGGUGGUGGAGUCAGAGGAAUCAUCGCCGGAGUGGAACUUGAUGGAGAAGACGUGAGGCUAGCUGAUUACUUCGACGUAGUAGCCGGAACUAGCACCGGUGGUCUCAUAACGGCGAUGUUAACCGCACCGAACGCGACCGGUCGACCUCUAUACGCGGCCAAAGACAUUGUUCCGUUUUACCUUGAACAUUCUCCCAAGAUAUUUCCACAGCCUGCAGGCGUUCUUGCUUUGUUACCAAAGCUCCCAAAGUUAUUGUCUGGUCCAAAAUACAGCGGAAAUUAUCUGCGAAAGUUACUAAGUGAUAUUCUUGGAGAGAAAAAACUUCACCAGACACUCACAAACGUUGUAAUACCUACCUUCGACAUCAAGAAACUUCAACCAACCAUCUUUUCCUCUUACCAGAGUUUGGUCGAUCCUAGCUUGGAUGUCAAGUUAUCACACAUUUGCAUUGGUACAUCGGCUGCUCCUACUUUCUUUCCUCCUCAUUUCUUUUCCAACGAAGAUAGUCAAAGCAAGACAUCUGAGUUUCACCUCGUUGAUGGCGGGGUUACUGCUAAUAACCCGACAUUAGUGGCUAUGACUGCCGUGUCUAAGCAGAUUUUGAAGAGCAAUCCUGAUAUGGGUAAGCUCAAGCCGUUAGGCUUCGACAAGUUCCUUGUUAUCUCGGUGGGGAUGGGGUCUGCGAAAAAGGAAGAGAAGUAUAGCGCAAAAAAGGCUGCAAAAUGGGGAAUCAUAUCUUGGCUAUAUGAAGAUGGAUCUACUCCGAUAUUAGACAUUACCAUGGAAGCAAGCCGCGAUAUGAUCCAUUUCCACAGCUCUGUUUUGUUUGCAGCCCUACAGUCUGAAGACAAGUACCUUAGAAUCGACGAUGAUACAUUGGAAGGAGAUGCAAGCUCUUUGGAUUUGGCGACCAAACCUAACUUAGAGAAUCUUGUGAAGAUUGGAGAAAAGAUGCUGACAAACAGAGUUGCGAAAAUGAAUAUCGACACUGGUGUAUAUGAACCUAUUCCUGAAAAUGUCACCAAUGAUCAAGAACUAAAGAGGUUUGCCAAAAUUCUAUCGGAUGAAAGGAAAUUAAGGAGAAAGAAAAGCGAUACAAUGACCAAAGAUUCAUCAAACUAA